UUCAAAAAGAUCCAUCAAUAGAUCUAACAACAAUAUUACGAACAAGAGUUCUCCAAUCCAAAGAAGUCCAAGAUUGUCUACAAAUGUAACUAAGAGACAAUCAUUAGACUUGCAAGCAGAAGACGAUAGUAACACCGAUUCGAGCGGCUCGUUCUUGAAUAAUAAUAAAUCUCGCAGGAAGAGACUUUUUGAAGCCACAGCUUUGACGCCGAAAUCAAAACUUUUGCAAAAUUCACGUAAGAGUGUAACUAAAAAAACCGAAUCUAUUUGAGGAAAUACUUGAGGAAAAUGAUAAUAUUACUGCGAGAGAAAGUAAUGUUUCAGCUGAAGAUAAUCAUGUUUCUUUCAAAGAAGAUGAAAGUGAAAUGAAGAUUGUUGACGUACGUGGAGCUGUAAAAAUGGAAGUAAGUUCACAACCGAGAGAGAAUAGAGCAGCAAGUGAAGAAAAGUCCGACGAUAUAUCUCUCACAUCAUCAUGCGUUGCGAUACAAUUGUUACACGUGCAAGCCGAAGGUAAUGUUGAAGCCAAUUCGAAUGGAUCAUCAUUUGAUAAUAAUAAAUCUCAUAAGAGAUAUUUUGAAACCUCAUCUUUGACACCAAAAUCAAGACUUUCACAAAAUUCACGUAAGAGUAUAACUAAAAAACCGAACCUGUUUGAGGAAAUACUUGAGGAAAAUAGUAAUAUCAGUGUGAGAAAAAGUCGUGUUUCAAGUGAAGAUAAUCAUACUUCUUUCAAACGUGAUGAGUCUAUAAUAAGGAUUGCCAAUGUAAGUCGAUCUGAAGAAAUGGAAAAAAGCCCACAAAUGAAAGGGAAUAGAACUACAAAUAAAAACAAGUCUGACGAUAUAUCUCUCACAUUGUCAAGCGAUCAAGACAAGAGAAGUAAAUCUAAAGAACUUAAUGUAUCAUUGAAACAAAAAAUACACAAGCAACAAACAACAAUCUCGCGAAUUUAUCAAAAUCAAUUUCUCAAAAGAAUACAGUAAUUAAAACACUAGAAAAACAAGCUUG